AUGGCUCCUUAUGAAUCUCUUUAUGGGAGGCAUUACAAAUUGCCAUUUGUGUGGUUUGAACUGACUGAAGUAGAGCUACUGGGUCCUGACUCAGUUUAUGAAGCAAUUGAUAAGGUAUCACCAAUGAAAGGAAUUAUGCGGUUUGGUAGAAAGGGUAAGCUUAGCCCUCGUUUUAUUGGACCUUACGAGAUUUUGAGAAGAAUUGGAAAACAGGCUUACGAGUUGAAGUUAUCAUCUAAGAUGGCUAUAGUGCAUCCUGUGUUUCACAUUUUGAUAUUAAGGUUUUACAAUGUUGAUCCUUCUCAGGUCUUGAAUCAUGAAGAGAUUGAAAUCAACGAAGGGUUUUCUUGUGAAGAAGAACCUGUACAAGUCUUGGAUCGUCAAGUUAGGAGGUUGAGAAUGAAAGAUGUGGCUUCGGUUAAAGUCUUGUAG